ACACGCAUGCGCAUAAUCACGCCAUCUUGCAUGGAGUGUACGAAUUGGGAGGAGUUUGGAACUGCUAGCCAUAUGAUUUUACAACAUGAAUUUCAACGAUUCCUUACGAUCAAGGAAUUUUUAGGCUUAGCCGCGAUAUAGAUUUGGUCAAGAGGUCAUCAUUGGGAGAUAGGAAGGUGAGAGGACUUCCCGGAUAGAUCAUCAACAUCGAUUUCUGAACCUGAUCACUCCCUGCGACCUGAGAAAGAGAGAGAGGGGGAUACCAUUUGGUCAGGCGGGUGGAGGAACAAAUACCAAGCGCUAUAGCUGUAUUUGUGUGACCACUUGGACAACUUCACGUCCAAAAUUCCUGGGAUUGAAGCAGCGUCUGCUAGGCUCAUCGGCAUUGGAUUGAGCAACAGUCGUUCAUCAAUCACGUGGGCUGUGCCGCACCAAGGCCAUUUCAUCAUCGAGUGGCCAUUUGAGUUGCCUAAUUAAUAGGCUUGUCAUUUCACAUUUUUAUUCACAAAUGUGAUCUUAUGAUCUUUUGAAUAGCUGAAGUGGAUUUCCUCUGACUCGAUUAAAAAUGGAUGGAAAAGGUGUAAUAGAGAUGUACAUGAUAUAACCAGUCUUGUCAGCUAGAGAAGGAAAACAAAAAUAUUUCUUCAAGUUUUCUUCUAACAAUCCUUGGAUUGGAAAUUUAUGUACUUCAUCUUCCCCAUAAGGAAGUCCUAUUUUAGCUUGUAAAUACGUUGUGAAUAAUAUCAAACACCUUAUCAUCCACAAACAUUUGUCAGAUUCGUGUAAUGAAAUUUUCUUUUACAACCUGGAUGUGAUUCUUGAGGGGUGCACAAGGCGUCCCAAUCCAUUCGAUGAGUCCGUUCAUCUUGUUCCAUCAUCUUCCGCCUGAACAGCGCCCCCAGAAACCUCUGCAGCCAUGCCUUUGCCGACGCGUGUGGCACAGAUCAAGGACUUGGAGGUCCAAAGACUCUUUUCAGAUGAAGACCCAGAGAAACUCUUUACAGGCAUGACAGAGAUUGGGCAUGGGAGCUUUGGUGCCGUCUAUCAUGCAACAAACACAAUAACGGGAGAAGUAGUGGCAAUCAAGAAAAUGUUAUAUAAUGGAAAAUCAUCUACAGAGAAAUGGCAAGACAUCAUCAAGGAAGUUAGAUUUAUUCACAGAGUACGGAAUGCAAACUGUAUAGAGUUCAAAGGAUGCUAUCUCAGAGAACACACUGCUUGGCUUGCCAUGGAGUAUUGUCUUGGAUCUGCAUCAGAUGUUUUAGAUGUACAUAAGAAACCUUUACAAGAGGAUGAAAUAGCCGCAGUGUGUGAGGGCGCUCUUCAGGGUCUACAAUACCUUCACAACUAUGAGACAAUACAUAGAGAUGUUAAAGCUGCCAACAUUCUUCUCACAGAGCAUGGGACUGUUAAAUUAGGUGACUUUGGUUCAGCUUCAUUAGUAAAUCCAGCCAACUCAUUCGUAGGAACACCAUUUUGGAUGGCUCCUGAAGUAAUACUUGCCAUGGAUGAGGGGCAGUAUGAUGGCAAGGUUGAUGUCUGGUCACUAGGAAUAACAUGUAUUGAAUUAGCUGAAAGAAAACCACCGUUAUUUAACAUGAAUGCCAUGAGUGCCCUGUAUCAUAUUGCUCAGAAUGACCCUCCAUCAUUAUCAACGUCUGGCUGGAACCAGUGCUUCCAUGAUUUCAUCAAGGCUUGCCUGGCCAAGGAGCCUGACAGCCGCCCCAGUGCAACACAGCUAUUACAGCUGGAAUUUGUAACAAGGGACAGGCCUAACAACGUGUUGAUUGACUUGAUAGAGAAGACAAGGAAGGUGGUACGUGGGAUGGAUAAUAAGAAUGUUGGUAGGAUAGCACAACUUUUCAAAGGUCACUCUAACAAACCAAGGGAUGAGGACACGGAGGUCAGCACAGAUGAUCAGCCGUCCGGGGAUUCAUUUGACCCCAGUGAGCCCACCAACAGUAUGAGCAGUGUAAACGACCACAGUGAGGAUAGCAGUCAAUCAGGAAGCGUCAACAGUAUUCAACCUUCAAAGGAUGGCACUGCUGACAAUGCACAGAUGCGCAAUGAGAGGUUACCGAGUGAAAGCUUGAGUGCAAGUAUGACGUCUGAGACAACGCCAGAGCUACCAUUCACAAGAGAUGACAGCUAUCGUGAGAAUUUCAAGACUAUCAGGCCUACAUCAGUUGUUACUAGACAGAUGAAGGAACAUGAGAAUGAGCAGAGGCAACAAUUUUCAGGUUACAAGAGGAUGAGAAGGCAGCAUCAGAAACAGAUUCAGCAGCUGGAAAGCAAGCUCAAACAAGAGAUGGAUGAGCUGAGGGAUAAACUAGAUAAAGAAUUCAACCAGUGUGUGCAAGCUAAUGUUAAAGAACUAGAUAAGCUCUUAGCGAAGCAUACAACAGAUAUUGAGAAGAAGGAGAAAGCAGCAGGUAGCGAGGAGAAGAAACUCUUAAAGACAAUCACAUCCCAGCAUGAAUCCGACCUAAAAGCCUUCCAGAUCAAACAGAAGAAAGAUUACAAACACAACAAGGAACAAAUGAGAAGAGAGUUGGACAGUACUCCCAAGAAGGAGCAUGAAGCCAAGAUGCGUCAACACAAGGAAUCUCUUCAUCUGGAGCAGCAGAGGGCUGAAAGUGACCUGCAGGACAGGCAGCAUCAGAGGCUAGACAAAGAGAUGAGGAAACUCAAAGGGAAAUUACUACUCAGCAAACAGACCGUUGAGCAGGACCAGCUAAGAGAGGAGCUUCACAGGAGACAGGUAAUGAAGGAGAUGGAGCAUGUGAUGGCUCUACGGCACCAUGAACAGAUGCAGUCUAUCGAAUACCGUCAUAUGAAACAGAUUCAGGCUUUACGCUCAGAGCAGAUGGAGAAACAGUUCAACACAGAGGUGACCAACCAGGCUGAGUAUAACAAGACGGCUCAGCAGGAUCUACGCAAGAAACAUGCACUUGAAGCAAAACAACAGCCCAAGGAACUCAAGGCCAAAGAGCAGAAGAUCAAGCGUCAGUACAGUGAAGUAUGCAAGACCCAGAUGCGUCAGUUCAAAGCCCUACAGCAGCAGGUAUUACAGACAAUGCCUCGAGAGAAACAUAAGCAGUUCAUUAAGAAGAUGAAAGAGGAACAGACGAGAAAAAUGGCCAUUUUAGGGGAACAGUACAGACUCAGCAUACAGGAAAUCAAUAUAUCAACAUCGGUUAAGUUGGAUCAGUCCCAGGAGCAAGAGUGCAAUGAGCUACAGGAACGUCUCCGCCAGGAGAUGGACUUGCUCCAUGCCUACCAGAGCAAGACUCGGCUCCAGCAGGAGGCACAGCAUCAGAAGGAGAUCAAGGACCUUGAUGAACGAGUCUCCAUCAGGAGGGCUAAACUAGAGCUUAAGAUUGAAGAAGAUUCUGCCAAACUCGAGCAGGAGAAGUCAGAUCGGAAACGGAAGCUGUUUGACAGACAAAAGAGAGAAACGGGCGAGUUCAACCGAGAGAUAAGUAGCUAUGGUCUAGAGCAGCUUUCAAUCAAUGAGAUCAAGAGUGAGGUGUAUGGAGGAUCACGACCACAAUCUAUGAUUGAGACAAGGGGCAGUAACAACUCCUCACCUCGUAACGUCCGACGGGAGAGCUCAUUCUCAUCAAGCUUCACAUGAUGAUGAGGGAUGCCCUGCGUUCUUUUUUUUUCUUAUCCAUUAUUAUUUUUGCCAAUUUUUUUUUGUGUUUGACUGCAUAUUUUUAUUACUCUUGCAUUGCUUCAUUGAAUAGCCACCUUCUCUUCCUCCCCAUGCUUGUAUAUGGGUGAUGUAUUGAGCUUUGUAGAGACUUACCACCCCUUGUAGCUCGGGAGGAGUUAGUGUUCAAUCAUUGAAGCCCUGUCAUGAUGUCCUUUGCUUAAUGUACUAAAUAUUCAUUCAGUGAAUGGUUGCAAAGGACCUGUGACACUUAGCAAGGUAUUGCUGAGUGAGAUAGCUGCAUGUU